GCUUACCAAAGUUACUGUCAGUUACAGUAUAGUAUUAACAACAAGCGUGCUGUGCUACUCACUCUGGGAAUGAAUACGGUUUUUGUUUUUUUUGUUUUUUCCCCUGUGAGUGUGACUGUUACAUUAGCUUAUGCAGACUCGUGGCUCGGUGGACUGUCUAAAAACAAAACACAAUGCUGACAGGCUUCCUGUGUCAUCGCAGCAUCAUCCCCGGAAGUGACUGAGCCUACGCACUGACUGUCAGACAGCCGCUGCCCCUCUAAAAUCUCACGGUGUGGUACAGUCCGAACCAACAACAGCCUCAACAGCGGACCGGUCUACACAGCAGCAAGAGGGUGAGAACAGACUGGGGAAGAUGCUGCAUUGCUGUGGAGAGAGAGACUGUACACUCUGGUCAUCAGACCCCUCAUCGUAGUCGGCUUACUUGGGUGUGGACUGCCUUUCAUAGUGUUUGUCAUUUUUGAAGUCCCUUGUCCUUGCCAGUGCUGCAGGAAGCUCCCAGAGGAGGAGAAACAGCCUCAGGAACCAGCAAACGUGUCGCUUUGGCAUUGCCUGUCAGGAAAGCUGAAAGUCACUAGAGAAGAAAACGCAUCCCGGCCCACAGCCAGAGUCCAAGAGAUUGUGAUUAUCCAUGAGACUUUCCUCUAGAGGAUGAGCAGACAGGCACGUGGAAGCUGUUCCUUUUGGAGUCAUAGAGAAAGACUACAUUUCUCUUUUCUGAGAGAUUUGCUUUGAACGUUUGAGACUGAAAUUCAAAGAGAACAACAAAGUCAUGUUUGAGAAACAAUACAAUUCAUUUCCCUCUGUACUGUCUGGUAAAUGGCUAACGUGAGCACUUUCACGUCAAGUAACUUGCUGCCCAGAUACAAAUACUCAUCUUAACUCACCUCAACUCUGCCUCAAUCAUAGCAGUGCAAUGGGGCCAACUUGGAAAAGCAAACGCUUCAUAUUCAUGAGAAACACUCAGGCCCUUCCUCCAAUGAGAACUGGCCGUAAAAUGGAUGGACAUGAAACGAUUCCAUUUGAUUUCACCUAAACUUUGAACCCAUUAUGAAAAUGAUGUGGCGACGGGAAAUCUGAAUAAACAUGAAUUGGUUUCCUUCCUUUAAAUCUAAAAACCUCAUCAAAAGAACUGGCUCAGCUGUCUCUUAUCACCUUAUCUAUGUAAUUGUCACAUGUAGAUUUUUAUAUACCUUUAUUGUACCAGCAAGGUUGUUUUUGUUUCCACAAUGGUAAUGGAAACAAACCCAUAAAAUAAUUUGCCUGGUAAAGAAUUGGAAUUGCUGUGUUGUGAAGGGUAAUAAAAAUACCUCAGUUUGCCAUUGAGUUUCACAAGAAGCGUCUUCCGCCAGCCUGAAACGCGCUGCUCCGUCUGUUUUAACCAGACUCUUAUCCCCAACGUUAUUUCCAGCAAAACAUUUUUUAAUGUUUUUCUGACAGGUGGAGUGGGUGCAAUUUACAUAAAGGCGGCGGAAUAACUAUUCAGUGUUUAAAUUAGAAACCUGUAUGUUAAUGAUGCAAAUUACAGUUUUUAAGUCGUUUCAGGAUUUCAAUCAAUGGACAGGUGGGGUUGAAAGGUAGUACAAGCGGAGGAAAACAAAACAGACGCGUGCUUCUGGAGAUACGGAGAAAGAAGAGAAGAUACUUUUAAUAAUACAGCUACUACAUCAGGACAAAGAGAAGCAAACUGAAGGCAUGCGUGCUGUCUGAGCCGGUGUCUGCAAUGUCUUCCUCCCUCUCACAGUACACGAUCGGCGGGGUGAAGAUUCUCUUCCCCUGCAAGGCUUACCCCUCUCAGCUGGCGAUGAUGAACUCGAUUGUCAAAGGACUGAAGUGCCAUCAGCACUGUUUGUUGGAGAGCCCCACUGGCAGUGGAAAGAGCCUGGCUCUGCUGUGUUCAGCCCUGGCGUGGCAGCAAGCUCAAUACGGCAAGCCAUCGGGAGAGGACUCCAGUGCUCGUGAAUGUAAGCGGGAGGGAGAGGAGAGUUCCUCUCCGUGCCGGUGUUCGUGUCACACAACGAGACCGCCUGACUCUGACCCUGCAGGAGACGGGCGCGCCGCUGCCUUCGGGACGGACUGCAGAACAUCGCCCGCUGCAAACGGGACCCCCACGCUAGGAAAGAAAGGUGUCUCCCCAGAGGAGUGCAAACUGAAGACCACGCUGGCUGCCAGGCUGUCUGCGAGGAUGCAGGCGUCCUUCCAUGAGGACGACGACAAUGACUUUCAGCAAGACAGGAAACGGAUCCGCACCCCAGCAAGUGACCACAAGGCGAGGAAGAGGCGCUGCCUGGAUAAGGGGGUGCAGUUCAUUGAUGACGAGGAGGAGCUCGGGGGUCCUGCUCCGCAGCAGUGGACAGUGGAGCUGAGCACACAGGCAGAGCCAGCCAGUCCCCUGCCAGCAGCACACACAGCAUCCCCUGGCCCGUGCUCUGUGUGCCCCUGUGCCUCCACCAAGCUGAAGCAGAAGGACUCAGACUGCUGUGCCAAAGACGAGGAGAACAGCGGGGGUGGGAAGCAGCAGGUCCCGAAAAUCUUCUUUGGGACCCGCACUCACAAGCAGAUCUCCCAGAUCACACGGGAGCUGCGCAGGACGGCAUACUCCAGCGUCCGGAUGACCAUCCUCUCCAGCCGGGACCACACCUGCGUCCACCCUGAGGUGUCGGCAGGGGGGAACCGCAACGAGAAGUGCAGGGAGCUGCUGGAGGCCAAGCAUGGGAAGUCAUGCCGUCCCUACCACAGCGUCCACAAGAUGCGAGAGCAGAACACCCUGCAGUGGGUCCACGGGCUGCACCAGGCCUGGGACAUCGAGGAGCUGGUGGGUCUGGGCAGGAAGCUGCGCUCCUGUGCGUACUACGCGGCUCGAGAGCUCAUGCAGGAGGCGGACAUCGUCUUCUGUCCCUACAACUACCUGCUGGACCCACAGAUCCGGGAGAGUAUGGACAUCAGUUUGAAAGGCCAGAUUGUGGUGCUGGAUGAAGCUCACAACAUCGAGGACUGUGCCCGGGAGGCAGCCAGUUACACUGUGACCCAGGCCCAGCUGCUGUUCGCCCGCGAGGAGCUGGACAGCAUGGUGACCCACAACGUGCGCUGCAGCGAUCACGGGCCGCUGAGAGCCCUCUGCUACAGCCUCACCAACUGGGUUGAAGAGAGCUCUGCCGCUCUGGUGGAGAGGGAGUACGAAUCCUCCUGCAAGGUCUGGGAUGGCAAAGAGAUCCUCAAGGUUUUCCAUGGCUUGGGGAUAACAGAGGCCACCUUUCCCAUCUUGCAGAAACACCUGGCUGCUGUGCUUGAGAAGGAAGAGAAGCUCAGCCUGGUGAAUGGGAAGGAGGAAUCUGUGCCGGUCCCCACUGUCAGCUCGCAGUCUCAGAUGGUGCUCAAAGGUCUCUUUGUGGUGCUCGAGUUCCUCUUCCGAUACAACUGCAGGUUUGCAGAGGAUUACAGAGUGGCGCUCCAGCAGACUUACACCUGGAAUAACCAGCCAGACCUUCCUGAUGCAAACGGCUUCUUCGCCCGCCCCAGGAGAAUACAAAGUGCGCGUAAGAAGACUCUGGUGUACACGCUGAACUUCUGGUGUUUGAACCCUGCAGUGGCCUUUUCUGACCUGAGCGGCACUGUCCGCACAAUCGUGCUGACGUCCGGCACUCUGUCCCCGAUGGGAUCCUUCUCGUCUGAACUCGGGGUGAAGUUCUCAAUCCAGCUGGAAGCCAGUCACGUCAUUAACAAGUCGCAGGUGUGGGUUGGCACGAUCGGGGCGGGGCCCAGGGGGCGGAAGCUGUGCGCUACGUUCCAGCACACCGAGACCUUCGACUUCCAGGAUGAAGUGGGCGGAUUGCUGCUGAACGUCUGCCAGGCUGUUCCCCACGGAGUCCUGUGCUUUCUGCCUUCAUACAAGAUGUUGGACAAGUUGCGAGACCGCUGGGUGCACACGGGUUUAUGGGACAAGCUGGAAGAGAUAAAGACGGUCGUUACUGAGCCCAAAGGAGGGGACAAGAACGACUUUGACGAGCUGCUGCAGACCUACUACGAUGCAAUCAAACAGAAAGGAGAAAAAGAGGGAGCACUGCUGAUUGCAGUGUGCAGGGGUAAAGUAAGCGAGGGGCUGGAUUUCACAGACGAUAACGCCCGCGCCGUGGUGACCAUAGGAAUACCCUUCCCCAACAUCAAAAACCUUCAGGUGGAACUGAAGAGGAAGUACAAUGACCAGCAUUGCAGGACGCGCGGGCUCCUGCCAGGCAGUCAGUGGUACGAGAUCCAGGCUUUCCGAGCUCUCAAUCAGGCGCUGGGCAGGUGUAUCCGACACAAGAACGACUGGGGAGCCCUGAUUUUGGUUGACGACCGUUUCAGAUGCAACCCUAACAAGUACAUAACAGGGCUGUCCAAAUGGGUUCGUCAGCAAGUCCAGCACCACCCGAGCUUCAGCAGUGCUCUGCAGUCUCUGGUCUCCUUCUCCAAGGGACACAGCGAGGCCCCUGCAUGCUCUGUGCAGGGUGGAAGUCCGGAGAUGCAGAGGCAGCUCUCUUUAAAGAAUCUGUCCCCCGCGGACAACUCCGACGCGUGCGAGACAACUGGCCAGCGAUCCCCUGAGGCCACCACACAGGCUGCACCUGACCUCUACGAGAGAGAAGCACAGCCGAGGGACAUCGACGGCAAGACUGCAGCCCCUGCUAGAAAGGACUUCAAACCUUAUCAAACAGGUAGCCGGAUGUGUAAACAGCAGCAGCAGGUUCAGUCUCCACCCUCCACCGUCCCGUCCAGCAGCUCCAGCUCCAGGAGAAGAGUUUCAGCAGGCUGUUCAGCACAGGGGAAAGCCAGGCUGGGCAGCAGCAGCAGCAGCAGCAGCAGAAUCACUCAGGAGACCAUCCAGCAGUUUUUCAACCUGCCACUGACGUCCACGCCCCUGCCGACCUCGUUCAGGAAGCCCCUUUUCCAUUCUAGUGCUUCAAACAAAGACUCCCGGGGAGGCUGUCAACGCGGGUCUGCUACAGAAGCCAAAGCAACGUCCCUGACCAGUGAAGAAAGGACCAGGUUUCCUGAUGAGGAGGAAAGCCAGGUGAAGUGUGCAGGUGAGGGUCAGGCUACAGAAGCAUCCGGUGUCCUGGAGCUCUCACCAGUCAAAGUGCCGGGCGGCUGUACCCCCCUGGAAGUGCCGGAGGAGGAGGAGGGUGAGGAUCAGAGCAUCUUCUUCACCCCUGAGUUGUUUCAGGAAGAAGGUGAUGAAGAGACUGAGGAGGACAGCUCUAAAACCAUAGAGAACACACACACGAGUGGAGAGACUCUGCACCUUCCAAACUCAAACGCAGCAGCCCGGGGUUUAUCUGAAGACCUUUUCCUGUCUAAUAAGGACCCUGCAUUGCUGAGCGCGCUCAGUGAGGAGGGGCACUGUGGUGCUGGCAGCAGGAAUGCAGUCGGUACAGACUUUAAAACUGUAGGGCGAGAAGACUGGAAUAGGAGAAGCUGCCAGGGGAAUGUGGAUCUAGAAGAGUGUAGUGUGACUGACAGGCAGACAAAGAGCAGGACUCGUAGGCUGUCCAGGGUUAGAAAUAAAGGAGCUUCAUUAGCAGGUAAUAGUGAAACCAUCUCCUUACUCUCCCAGCACGCAGGUGAUGAGGCCGAAGUAAUAGAAAUAUUCUAAUUAUAAUGAGUGGCUUUUCUGUGUUCUAGAAUACAAAUCCAGAGUUCAAGCCUUUGCAGAUAUCAAUAUAUAUAUUUUUUUUCUUUAGUUCAUUUUGACACAGGUCAGGUACAGUAUUGUGUGGCUUGGCGUGGAAUCAGACACUUUGUCUCUCUUGGUUUGUUUUAUGGCCAGUACGUAAUGAAACUUGUAGAGUACUAUUUAUUAUUUCCCGUCAUUAAAGAAGAUCAUGUAUUUGUGUUUUUCCUCAAAUGCAAACCAUGCACAGUUUUAAUGAGCUCUGUAGACUCACUACUGCACACAUAACUAGGCAUGACUGGGCUUCAUUCAAAGACAAUACAUGGAAACAAAGUGAUGUUUCCAAAUAGCUUCAUUUUAGACCUUAAUCUUAAAUACUGUCAUUUUAUACUAUUAGUUUUUUUUUCCCCUGUGGUGCACUGAUUCUGAAUUCAAAACACACUACACAUAGAUAUAAUUCCAUAGAUUUUUAUCAUAAUUGAAACUGUUUUGUAAGAUUUCUGUAUGUGAUCUAUCUGGAUCAGGUAAACUGCAAGUUGGAGAAAAAUGUGAACACAGUUGAAUGAUAAACAUGAUAAUGUGUUUUCAAUAGAUAAACACAUAUAAUAAAAAUUUAAAAAAAACAAGGUAUUUGAAUGCAGA